AUGAAACGAGCUCUUAUAUCUUUGGUUCGUCAACGUGCACUUGCUCGAAGUGUUGAAUCAGCUAAAUAUCUUGGAAGUAAUAAUGUUUUAACAUUAUCAACAACAACAUCUCGAUCAAUAUCAACAUCAUCAACAAAUUAUGCUGCUGCACAAUCAUCUCAAACAACACCAGAAGUAUCAUCAAUUCUUGAACAAAAAAUUCUUGGUCAUCAAUCAAAACAAGAUCUUGAAGAAACUGGACGAGUAUUAACUAUUGGUGAUGGUAUUGCUCGUGUUUAUGGUUUAAAAAAUAUUCAAGCCGAAGAGAUGGGUAUGGCUCUUAACUUAGAACCUGAUAAUGUUGGUGUUGUCGUCUUUGGUAAUGAUCGUUUAAUUAAAGAAGGUGAUAUUGUAAAACGAACUGGUGCUAUCGUUGAUGUACCAAUUGGUGAUGAACUUCUUGGUCGUGUAGUUGAUGCUCUUGGUAAUCCAAUUGAUGGCAAAGGUCCAUUAAAUACAAAAAAACGAGCUCGUGUUGGUAUUAAAGCACCUGGUAUCAUUCCACGUAUAUCUGUACGUGAACCUAUGCAAACAGGUAUGAAAGCAGUCGAUAGUUUAGUACCAAUUGGUCGUGGUCAACGUGAAUUAAUUAUUGGUGAUCGUCAAACUGGUAAAACAGCUGUUGCUAUUGAUACAAUUAUUAAUCAAAAACGUUUUAAUGAUGCUGGUGAAGAAAAAAAAAAACUUUAUUGUAUUUAUGUUGCUAUUGGACAAAAACGUUCAACUGUUGCACAACUUGUUAAACGUUUAACUGAUGCUGAUGCUAUGAAAUAUUCAGUUAUUGUAGCUGCUACAGCUUCAGAUGCUGCUCCAUUACAAUAUUUAGCACCAUAUUCUGGUUGUGCUAUGGGUGAACAUUUUCGUGAUACAGGUCGACAUGCAUUAAUUAUCUAUGAUGAUCUUUCUAAACAAGCCGUUGCUUAUCGUCAAAUGUCACUUCUUUUACGUCGUCCACCCGGUCGUGAAGCUUAUCCAGGUGAUGUUUUUUAUCUUCAUAGUCGUCUUCUUGAACGUGCUGCUAAAAUGAAUGAUAGUCAUGGUGGUGGUUCAUUGACAGCUUUACCUAUUAUUGAAACUCAAGCUGGUGAUGUAUCUGCUUAUAUCCCAACAAAUGUUAUUUCAAUUACUGAUGGUCAAAUCUUUUUGGAAACUGAAUUAUUUUAUAAAGGUAUUCGACCAGCUAUUAAUGUAGGUUUAUCUGUAUCACGUGUUGGUAGUGCUGCUCAGACAAAAGCUAUGAAACAAGUUUCAGGUAAAAUGAAACUUGAAUUGGCUCAAUAUCGUGAAGUAGCAGCUUUUGCCCAAUUUGGUUCAGAUCUUGAUGCAGCUACUCAAUCAUUACUUAAUCGUGGUGUUCGACUUACAGAAUUACUUAAACAAGGCCAAUAUGUACCAAUGGCUAUUGAAGAACAAGUAUGUGUAAUUUAUGCGGGUGUUCGUGGUCAUUUAGAUAAACUUGAUCCAUCAAAAAUUACUAAAUUUGAACAAGCAUUUUUACAACAUUUAAAAGGACAACAUAAAGAUGUACUUGAAUCAGUCCGUUCAAAGAACGAAAUAACUCCUGAAACGGAUGCUAAACUCAAAGAAAUUGUUCAAAAUUUUGUUAGUUCAUUCAAAGCGUAA